AUAGAUUUAGCUAAUGACGGUGAUCUAAGGCAAUUGGAAAAUGAAAUACUAAAAUUGCCAAAUAACGUACAUCCUCGGGUUUGGAAUUAUGGAAACGAAGUUAAGGAAAUUUACCGGUUUACGCCUGAAAACCAGAGCAAAUACGAAAAGUUGGAGUUUUCAGAAAUGUGUAAAAAUCUCAAUAUAUUUCGAAUGGACCAUUUAGGAAGCUACACUGGACAUAAAAGUUAUUAUUUAUUUGGAAAAUUGGCGGAGAUGGAGCAGGCAUUAAUACAAAAUUCGAUUGAUAUACUUAAAAAAACCGACUUUAAUAUUAUAUCGGUGCCCGAUAUUUUACCUAAAGAAGUUAUAGAAGGAUGUGGAAUGCAAACUGAUGGUGACAGAACACAAGUAUAUAAAAUAGAGUCUGGUAAAUGUUUGUCUGGAACUGCUGAAAUGGCUAUAGCUGGUUUCUUUUCUAACAAGAUUUUUAAAGAAUGUGAGUUACCAAUAAAAUAUGCUGCUGUAAGUCGGUGUUAUAGAGCAGAGACAUCGGGUUUAAAUGAAGAAAAAGGAAUUUAUAGAGUUCACCAGUUCACCAAAGUCGAAAUGUUUUCUGUCUGUUCUCAAAAUCAAUCCGAAGAUAUGUUGGAAAGCUUCAAAGAUUUAGAAAUGGAUUUAUUCAAAAAGCUAGAUCUAAAUUUUAGACUUUUAGAUAUGCCACCGACAGAGCUAGGAGCUUCUGCUUAUCAAAAAUAUGAUAUUGAAACAUGGAUGCCCGGAAGGAAAUUGUGGGGUGAAAUUUCAAGUUGCAGUAACUGUACAGACUACCAAUCUAAACGCCUUAAUAUAAAAUACAUUGCAAAUAGCGGUGAUGUACUUUACGCACAUACUGUAAAUGGGACUGCAUCAGCUAUACCUAGGUUAUUGAUUAGUCUGGUCGAAUCUAAUCAGAUAGAUAAAAACACUGUGAAAUUGCCCAAUAUUCUCUUAAAUUAUUUAAGAAAAUCCGAAGUUGGUAAAGAAAAAAGUAUUCCAGAGAUUAAAUUAGUAAAACAUAUUAAGUCUAAUUCAAAACUAUAACUGUGUGAAUGUAAAUAUUGUACUAUUUAAAAUUUUUUUAUUUUGAAAAUUGUUUAUCGAUUUAUUUAAAAACAUUGUGUUAAUAUAUUGUUAAUUGUUGCUGAAUAUGCUACACAAUUAAAUAAAUAUUGUUUAUAUAAAUCUGAACUCAAGCUCAUUAAAAAGGAGAUGAGAUUGAAAAGAUUUUCCACAUUUU